CCUCUUCACUGCUCGCUUUUCUGUGCUAAACAAACUCCAAAACAAAGAAGAAGAAGCACAACCCACCGACGUUUCGCCGGAGCCACUUGCCGGAGCUGAAGAAACCCUCAAUUCCGACUAGAAGAGAGACACAGAGACGAAGAAAGAGUCAGAACGAGCUUCUUCUUGCAUGGCAAUGGCCGGAUUCAAUUCUCCGACCUUCUUCCUGAUCUGCGCCGCCGUGUUUGUCAUCUUCAGCUGCUCCUCAACCGCCGUCCACGCUGGCCUCGGGAUCCACCAUAGUCUUGCAUGGAUUCCUAACCAAUCGACCUGUAAGGGCUCCAUAGCGGAGUGUUUCGGCGGAGAGGAGUUCGAAUUUGAUUCAGAAAUCAACCGCCGUAUCUUGGCCACUAGCCAGUACAUCAGCUACGGCGCUCUGCGGAGGAACACGGUGCCGUGCUCGAGACGUGGUGCAUCCUAUUACAAUUGUCAGCCCGGAGCUCAGGCCAAUCCCUAUAGCCGUGGAUGCAGCGCCAUUACGAGGUGCAGGAGUUGAGUAAUUUGUUUGUACUCUUUGUUUAAUAAUCUCUCUCUCUCCUUUUCAAUGUUCAUUGAUCUUCUUUUUCCCCUUUCUUUAUCUUUUCUUUGAGAUGGCUUUGAUUGUUAUACAAAUUGAAAAGGGGAGAUUGAUUAUAUAGUAUCGUCGUGGUCGUUGUUGUAAGUGAUGAAAAUUGUUGUGUGUUAAUUAAUUAUAUAUCUCUGCUCAAUGAUGUGGUA